GAAACUUGAGAGCUUAGAGUUAAGCAGAUAUUUGGGUGUUGACUGGUUGUGUUUUUUUUUUCAAUGGAAAAAGCAAUGGAUUGGGAGCAAAACAUGCUUUUGAACGAGCUAACACAGGGGAGAGAACUAACUAAUCUGCUUAGGAAGCAUCUUCAUCCAUUUUCAUCCCCCGAAACACGCCAAGUCUUAGUUGAGAAAAUACUCUCUUCCUAUGAGAAAGCUCUCUCUGUGCUGAAUUGGAGUGGUUUUAUGGUUGAAACUCAACCCAAGGUUAGCAUUGUCGGAUCCCCUGCCUCCAUUGCCUAUAGCAGCCAUGGAAGCUACGCCUCUGAUGAAAAACAUUCGUUUAAAAAGAGAAAAACAUGUUCGGGGUGGAAUGAGAAAAUAAGGGUCAGCUCAGGGACGUCAUUAGAGGACGGAUACUGCUGGCGGAAAUAUGGGCAGAAAGAUAUUCUUGGAUCCAAUUUUCCAAGGGGAUAUUAUCGAUGCACUCAUCGUUACUCGCAAGGUUGUUUAGCUGCUAAGCAAGUUCAGAGAUCGGACGAGGACCCGACAAUCUUCGAGGUGAAAUAUCGAGGAAGACAUACCUGUAACCAAGCCACUCAUUUCGAGAAAGGCGAUGAUUCUGGGCAAAAGCAGCAACUUGAAGAGAAGCAAAAACAAUCAAAGGAAACAGUGCUCAAGGUUAAAACAGAGGACCUGGACAAAAGAGACUAUAUAUUUCCUUCGUUUUCUUUCCCUACUGAUUCAGGAGAAGUUGAAAACGGAUUAUUUUUUAAGUCCCUAAUGGAAAACGAUAUUGCAUUUGUGUCUCCAGCGACAUCUGAAUCCAACUAUUUUUCAGUGCCACCGUUCCAAAUGGGCAGCUUUUGUUUAGGCCAAAAUGUGCAGAGUUCGGAAUCCGAUCUGACGGAGAUAAUCUCUGCACCAACAUCGGUUACGAAUUCGCCGAUAGUAGACCUGGGUAUUUCAUCACUCGAGAAGUUGGAAUUCGAUCCGAGCUUCACGUUUGAUAACCCUGAAUUCUUCUCUUAAAGUAGUGGACUAUUUUUUCUUGUAUGGGAAACGUUUUGUUUACCCUUCAUUUGCUUUUUAACUAAUCUUUUUCACUUAAUUUAGAAGGGUGGAGAGUGUUCCAUGUAACGAAGUGGUAGAGAAAAAGAGUUGUAAUUUUCACGUAAAAUUUUAUAAAUCCUGAAUUUAACGUAAGUUAGAGAAGUUUAGUUCA